CCCUCGGCUCAAGGACAAAAUGAAUAUUCCAUAACUAAAAAUGCUGACAAAUAGAUUCAAUUUAGUUAGGGUAGAAGAAUAUGUGCUGGAAUUGCAGCUCCCCUCUCUUCUCUUUGCCUAGAAGGCCUAGGUGUCCGAUCCGUGGGUAAGCAAUCGCUAUUAUUAGAGGCGUGUUCUACCUCUAAGCUAAUAGCCCAUAGUGCAAGCCUCCCGUCAACCCAAGGUUUAUUGUUUUUUUAGUUUCUUCUCUGGCCGAGUGUGAAAAAUUAACUUUUGACCGGUGAUAUAAUAACUUGCUUCACUUAAAUUGUUUGAACUUCCUGAUGCAGAGAAUUUAAACCUGAAAGAAAAGCUGCACGUUGUGUUAAAGGAGACACCUUCGGUUGCAGUCCCACUGCCAAGAUUAUCUUCGUCAAUAGUAUAUGGUCAAAUAUUGUGUCUUCUGGAAACUUUCUAAGAACCCAAAUUCUGGCUGCAGAAAGUGAGAACAAUAAUUCAACUAAGACAUGAUAUAAUUGUAAUAAUAAUAUGCUGAGGAGGACAUUUGACCUGAUCCAUUAUAAGUAGAAAGUGCUGAAACAAUUUAACCAAUUAACCAUGGCUUCAGCACAAUCAAACCAGCUUUGUCUUGCAGCUCUCACCAUUGGAAUUGUAUUCCUGACAAUUUUAUGGUACAGAUGGACAAAAAAUAUCUCAUACAAAGAAGGUCCCAAGUUGCCACCGGGGCCUCGUGGCCUUCCAAUUGUGGGAUUUUUACCAUUCCUCCGCCCCAAUUUGCACCAUCAACUUACAGAAUUGUCUCAACAGUAUGGUCCAAUAUACAAGUUCUGGCUAGGAAGCAAACUAUGCGUUGUGUUGAAUUCACCAUCCUUAGCCAAAGAAGUGGUUCGUGAUCAAGACUCAGUUUUUGCUAACCGUGACCCUCCAAUAGCAGGAUUGGCAGCCACAUAUGGUGGAGUAGACAUUGGAUUUUCUCCCUAUGGCUCCUACUGGCGUGAUAUGCGCAAACUGUUUGUGAGCGAGAUGCUAAGCAACAGUAACCUUGAGGCUUCUUAUGGUUUACGGACACACGAGGUCAGAAAGACAAUCAAAAAGGUGCAUACCAAGAUUGGAAAUCCCAUUGACAUUGGAGAAUUGGCUUUUGUAACUCAGAUGAAUGUAGUCAUGAGUAUGAUCUUCGGCAGCAAAUUUGUAGAGGAGAAGGAGAAGCAUGGAAAAGAUGGAUCAGCUGAGUUCAAGGAAGUGGUGAUAAAAGUUUUUCAAGUAUUGGGAAAGCCAAACAUAUCAGACUUCUUUCCUAUGCUUGCCAGGUUUGACUUACAAGGAAUACAGAAAGAGAUGAAGGCUCUUUCAAAGUCAGUUGAAAGUAUAUUAGACCCUGCCAUAAACGAACGCAUGAAGAUGCUUUCCGACAAAAGAGAGGGUGAAAUCCAGGUGAAUGGGAAGAAGGAUUUUGUGCAGAUCUUAAUAGAGCUAAUGAAGCAGAAAGACAUUGGGAUAUCACUGGACUUGGUGAAAAUAAAGGCUAUGUUGGUGGAUAUUGUGAUUGGUGGAACUGACACUGUAAUCACAACAGUCGAAUGGGUAAUGGCGGAGCUUCUGAAUAAUCCGGAGAUAAUGGCAAAGGUGCAACAAGAAUUGAGAAAUGCUGUAGGGAUGAAUAACAUUGUUGAAGAAUCUCACUUGCUGAAACUACACUAUCUUGAUGCAGUUUUAAAGGAGACGCUACGUCUGCACCCUGCAUUACCACUGCUUAUCCCUAAGCGCCCGAACAAAUCUGCAACUGUAGGAGGAUACAAAAUACCUGAGGGAACUAAAGUAUUCUUGAAUGCUUAUGCGAUUCAUAGGGAUCCUCAAGAGUGGGAAAAUCCAUUGGAAUUUCAGCCUGAAAGGUUCUUGAAUCACUCUACAAAUUUAAACUAUUCUGGCAAUAAUUUCAAGUACCUUCCAUUUGGAUCAGGGAGGAGAAUUUGUGCUGGCCUUCCUUUAGCAGAGAAAGUGCUUAUGUUUGUAUUGGCUUCAUUGCUGCAUUCCUUUGAUUGGAAACUCCCAGAGGGCGAAAAUGUUGACCUUUCGGAUGGAUUUGGACUUGUCAUCAAGAAAAGCAAGAGCCUAUUCGCCAUCCCUAUGCCCAGGUUACCACAUUUAGAACUCUAUCAGUAAAACCAAGAAACCAUAAGGAAGAUGAACUAGAGAUUUUGAAGAAAGGGGCUUGACAUGACUUUAUCCACUGGUUGUAAUAUUUAUAAGAUCAAAGUGAAAUAUUGGACAAUAGGUAAAUGAAGUUCAA